AUGGCCAGGUUCGUUUUGCUUUGGCUAAGCUUCCUGAGCGUGAAAGCACACCAGACCUGCACGAAAGGGAGGCUCUUUGUUGCCGACAAGGAUGCGUCCAAGGUUCACGUCCUUGACCUUGAUGAUGCGGAUGGGGUAGUAGUGGCAAGCCUCGACGCGCCAAUAGCAGGGGCCCGCCUGAUGGCAACGGACACAGACAUGGCUACAGUUAUUGCGGUUGAUCGUGGUUCUACUGCGCAGGGCUCGGUACACUUCUACAGUCCAGGAUUCUCUGCGGAUGACCAUGGAGAUCAUGUCGACGUCGUCAAAAGCACUCCGAGAGCACAUGACUUUACCUUGACUGGCUGGAAGCCGACGCAUACUACGUACUCAGCUGGUUAUGUGAACGUCUUCAUGGAUGGUGUUUGGUCUUCAGAUCUAGCCGAAGACAUGCACAAUUCAUCGGCAGUGUUCGUGAAAGAGUCCAGUUUGUCGACCACGCCAGUUGUAGUCGAAGUGCCCAUUGAUGGAGCUCACCACGGAGUUUCAUAUGCACUCAGCGACAACCACUUCGUCAUGUCUCUGUCCACGGAUGCAAGGAAGAUGAGGGUGGAUGGCACAUCAUCGCUGCCCGGCAGCUUUGCUGUGGCAAGUGCUGCAGGUGCAGUGCUGCAGGAGAUUGGCAAUGAGUCGUCGCCCAGCUGUCCUGCAUUUCACGGUGCCGCCAAAGUCGGCAACACGUUUGUCACAGGCUGCGGGUCAGGUGGCUGGUUGCGCGGGACGUACAAUGGUCAAGCCAGUGAGCCUGUUUCAUGGGAGAGAGUCGCAUUUCCCAAGCCGAAUGCAUCGCUGGAGUACCGGUCUGGAACCGUGAGAAAAUACACGCCAGGCAGCCUUUUCCUUGCGGACCUCUACCCGCUUGGAGUUUCGGCUCCAAGAUACGUGGCUCCGAUGUCUGCCACGGGGUCGGUGGCUGCUGCGAGCUUGUUGGAAGUAACUCGCAGCACAUCCGAGAACGACGUGUGCCACUGGGCCGUGGACCAAGCGGUCGCAGACGACGGAACGCACGUGGCCGUGUUGACCAAGGAUGGGAGUCUGUCAGUGGCGGAGGUGGACGGCACUGCGGCUGGAACUAUGGCUGUUGCAUCCGUGUUUGAUAGUGCCAUCGACUGUGCUGAUACUGCUAUGGUUGCCGGCCACGGUGUGGUGCACAUCGUUGCCGCUGCUGGCAGUCCACGUGUUGUCACGGUCGACCUUGCAGAGGUUCUUGGGGGCCACGCCGACCAUGCGGUGUCGAGCAUGUCGUUGUCUUUCACGCCUGCAUCACGGGCUGCUCUGGCGCUGCCGCCCUCCAUGGCGUGUGCACCAGAGGGCCACGGGCAUGGACAUGACCACGACCACGACCACGACGAUGAGACGAGCAGCACCAGCAUGCUGACGGCCGCAUUGGCACCGCUUCUCGGAGCAAUGCUGUGGGUCUGUUAA